UCGAGACCAUCCGAUGCGUGGAUCCAAUUCUAUGGCGCCAGUUACAAACAAAAGCGUCACAUUGAGUUUUCGAUCACGGGAUAGCAUUAAGAUUUGAUUCGUGCCUUUUCAAGCUUGUCUUGGCACGCUGCACCAAUCAAAUUGCAAACGGACCCUAACACUCUUUCAGGCUAUAGUCUACUACAAGCUUUUAUGACCAAUUUUAUUAUAAAUUCAUGCGAAAGGUUGACAUCUAUUUGUAAUCAAAUCGCUGCUCGCGGAUUGGUUAGCAGCGAAUCACGUGACCUCCAGAAUCAGCUGUUUCUCGUCACCUAACCGUUGAUGAGAGUCCUCCUCAAGCUAGGAUUCGAUAUCAAUCAGAUGGAGUUGAACGAGGCUUAUAGACGUUGGUAGAGAGCUGUUAUUGGAGCAAUGCCAUGCGAUAGAUGCUAAUACAAAGCAAUUUGGCAAAAAGUCCUACGUAACUGAGGCAGUAAAACCAGCUGUAAUUAUACCAGAAUUAUAACUCUCUAAGGAGAUAAUCAACCUGGUGUGGACGAACAAAUUUGUCUACUUGAAAUUUCUGGAAUAACCGCAGUACUUGAGCCAAAUCCGCCCUGCUAAUAAAGACCUGCGCUAGCGUCGUGCCAUCCGAAAUAAGGACAACCGUUCCAGGGCUUUAUAUACAACUGUUGCUAGAAGCAAUUUAGUUGAGCUAGUCCUGUGCUGCAGGAUACGCUGGCGGAGACCUUCACCUGACGUUGUAUUGCUUAAAACAAUAAGGAAUUUGGUCAUCGUUGUCCCCCGUUUUACGUUAGUUUGCUGCUUACUUCAAUUACCGCUACAACCAUAGCUGCCAUGGGAGUUCUAUCUAAGUUUAUGGUGUCACUUCCGUACCACUGCUACGAAGUUGCUCAUCCCUGGUCAGAGACAUGCAGUUAUGCCUGGUUGUACGUCUUUCUGUCGUGCGUGCGCGAAUCCAUGAAGAUCUACGGGAUCCUUUAUCUUUUUGCUCAAUUGGGCUUAUCACGAAAGGUGUCGCUGAACGCUUUUUGGCAGACGCUUCAAUCAACGGCUCAAUCGACUCUUUUUCUCAGCUAUAAUGUCUUCUUCUUCCUCUUCUUCAUCUGUGUAUUCAGGCACAGUUCGGAUCGGUUCUACGUGCCGCAGUCAAGCUUUGUAUCUGGACUGUUCGCUUCCUUUCUAGCAAUCCUCGUCGAACGACCUGAAAGACGUCAAGUGCUUGCGCUCUAUAUGCUCAAUCUGCUUUCGGAAGUUCUGUUCAAUUUCCUGGUUACUAGAAAAUUAGCUCCUGUGCUACCUUAUGGAGAUAUUUUGCUAUUCUCAGCAGGACUGGCGGGGCACUCAUUCAUACUCAAUGAUCUGAGUAGGAAAGAUCCAGUAUCGUCUGGAUUGAAGUUCCUUAUCGGCAAAAACGAAUUUUUAGCAACGUCACCAUCAAGAUGCCGUCACGGCGAUAGUCAUAUCAUGUACAUUCUACGAGGUUUCGUGAAGCCUUUCUUCAUAGGAUACCUGGGUCGCGGCCUUAUUUCUACAGCAACUAGUUUACCAUCAGUUGUAUCCGACCCAAUAACAUUAGGUACAAGACUUGUUAAAAUUUUUGCUUCGGAAACCUAUUUUCGUCAAGGAUUGUUCUUGGGUGGAGCAGUGUCAACUUUUCGCGCAGUUCGCUGCCUUUUAAGAAAUCGCGGUAUAGACGAAAGUGUCUGUCGAGGUAUUGCUGGAAUGCUAGCUGGAACAUGGAUAACUAUUUCGAGGAAUACCAGCCUCACGCUCUAUCUAUUCUGGAAAGCAGCUGAGGUCUUCUAUAUAAAGGCGAUGAAAGAAGGCUAUUUGCCGCAAGUUCCCUUUGGAGCGGAGAUCGUCUACACAAUAUCUACGGCUUUUUUGUUAUUUAACUCUGUCAUGGAACCACACAACGUUCGACCGUCUUAUCUUCAAUUCUUAAACAAUAUUACCGGAACAGGGCUAGGAAGACUGAAUCGUCAUGUAGUUGCAAUGCUAGGCUUUAACUGUACGACCUUUAGCCACGACUACUUCCCGUACAAUAUCAACCUCGCAAAGGUUCAUCCGAAGUUUAUCGAACAAGUUGUCGUAUGGAGCUAGAGACUGGCCAUAUUCACUUGUGGUGAAACACCAGAUGAUUGUACAAUCGUUUAUAACCGUGCAGGAUCACUCAGUACAGCCGAAAUCGCUCUGACACCGAACGAAUCGAGUCGAUACCAUUUGCCAUCGGGAUAAGAUAAUACAAGGUUGAGAAAAUUCGAGUCAUAAGAUACAAAAAGGAUUAAUUUCCAAGGUAUCUUUGUGUAUAAUGUGCUUAAAAUGUGUAGUAUCAACAUGUACAUAAGUAAGGAUAUUAAAAGCUCUAUACGGGUUUCGGCGAAACAUUAAUGUGCGAUAUGUCCUCGUAGGUCGUAGCAUUUGUAUUAGGAACUGACGUUACUUGGCGCACUUUUUUAAUUUGAUUUUAGUGCUGCCUAUAAUAAUUAGCAAGAACGUAGCUUUCUGCUACUCAAACACUGUAGCCAGAUUUAUCGAUUGUUAAGAACAGGAAUAUUCAGCUGAUUUUUACAAAACGAUUUAUGUUCAUGCUAAGAAUUACUAAGUGUCAGAUAGAAAUGGAUCCCAAGUGUAAAAUUUCGACUUUGGCUCACGUCGUUUUACAGUAUACAAAAACUUGUAAUAUAAAAAACUGGUUUUUGUCAACAAGGCGAUUCACAUCUCUAUAGUGAAAUAAGUUAGCGCAUCUAAGAUCGUUUGUAUUAACUUUAUGCACAAAGAAAAAUUUUUUUGUAAAAAAAACCACAUUGCGAAUACGCAACGCGGUUAUUUUACACUAUGCUGGUAUGUCAUAUGCAAUGCUGAAAGUAUCUUGGCUAUGAAAUUAAAUACAUUCAGAUUCAUCCUAUAGACAAAAUACAACUAAACGGCUCGAAUCUACGGAUUAUUGCUUAUAGUUUUUCUAAUAAAAAAUCAGCGCGGUCACAGUAACUGAGGCAUGAAAAAUUAGGGUUUUUGAUUAUGUCGGAUUCAUUUAGACCGUUUAAUUUAGUAGCAUCCAUUACGCGUUAUCAACUUCGCUCGACCACUAGUCGUUAUUUUAUCGUUCUCGUGAGGAAUCUAUCAUGCCGUAAACCGCUAGACUUGUUAAGAAAUACACCGCUCCGAAUACCAUGUUAACACUACGAUGACCCAAUUCUGCAAUAAAAUAUUAAUAAAUACUUGGAAGUUCGCACCAGUAAGCCUGUUGGAAUGAAGAAUGGACUUUCGUCUUUCACUGCAAGCAAACGAAGAGAAUCGUUCCUGUCCUAAAGCAAGCUAGUUAUAAUUAUUGAGGUUAUCAUGCCGUGGCUUUCGAUAACGAAUUAUUCUAGCAGAAAGCAUAUCAGAGAUCCUAGCAUCUCAUAAAUUUUUAAAGCUUUUUUGUGGUGCCACCCUAACACAAAUGAACCCAUUAAGAGAUAUCUGUGCCUCAUCAAACUUUUAGAUGUUAUAUGCCCAGAAAAAACGAUCUGCCAGGAUUUACGCUGAAUACCAAGAAAACUUGUAACAUGCUUCAAGUACAAUAAAAGCUGUAGAUCACUGUAGAGACGCCGUUCAGCUAUUCAAUACUAUCCAAAUCCUGCAGGUAUGUUUGUAAUGAAACAUGUAUAUUUCAUUGUAUAACUAUAGAUGACUAGAUCGAUCGAACUCGUUUGACAAACUUCUUGGGACAUAAUGCUGAUAUUGCCGUGACAGCUCUGAUGGAGUACGGAUUGUAAAUGUUUAGUUGAUGUGUCCGGUCUACUAUGAUGGCGCCGAAUACAAUAAGUGUAAAGAUUUGAACUUCGCAAUGCUUAUAUAUAAAUAAAAUAUUCCACAGUAUCUGACUACCUGCUGAGUUACUGGAACACUUUGGCGCUCUUGGACGUCCUUUCGAACAAUGUGUGCAUCCACCUGUCGAUUGGUAUUCUAUGUCUGCUUGACUUUGCUUCGUAUUUCAUCGAUGUGGGCGAUGACGAGAAAGGUGAUACCGAAUGCUUGAAAUACUUUCUCAAUAAAUUUAUUCAAAUUGAGGCGCCGAAAAAAUUGAAGCCCUUUUCAUUGAGUACACUGAGAAGGCUUCGGCAUUCGGCCCUGAGAUCCAGAAAUAUUUUCGGGCUGCAUACGAAGCGCUAGAGCACUCCUUUAAGCACAUCAAAGAUCGAGUACCCGAGGGAAUGAAAAUGGUCGAAAAGACAGCAAGCAGUGAAAAGUUUAGUUACUUGUUACCAGCAAAAUUUCUUGCUGAAGUAAUGCAGGUAAGAAAACUGAUUUCACAAUUGUUAAAUUCCCCUAAACAACGUUUGACGGUAUCUAUUCAAAUUGCAAAUGUGUAAUAUUUACAACUUCAUACUCUGUUAAUAUCAAUGUAUGCUAUUAUAUCUGACGAUUUUGUUAACGAAUUUUGACCGUAGGCUUAGGGUAACUCGUAGCCGUCUAUUUUGAAUAGAGCGGUGUCGUGAAAAGCAACAAAAAAGUUUUCAACUAUAAUAACUUGCUUCUACCACGAAUUGUCAUGUUAAUAGAAAUCUUUUUGGUUUUUAGAUAUUCUCUGACGACGAGCUACAAGAAGCUUGUUUCAUCUUAAGUAAGAAGAAGGAGAUUUUAGAGAACAAAGAGCAUCACGGCUUCUAAGUUUGAUUGCUGUUCAUGUUGAAACCACAGACAGAGAAGCUGCGCAAGCCAUUGUUAAAAAGUGUCUUUUUGCUUAAUUUAAUUGGAGGCAUAAUACUCCUUUAGACCUUCUUUGUUUUUGCUUAGUUGAAAAAUA